AUGCACCCCGGGCACAGGACUGACCUCGCAGCCCGGACUCCACACCCUGGGCACAGGAUCCCGCACCCUGGAUCCCGCAGCCCGGAUCCUGCAGCCCGGACUCCACAGCUCAGGCACAGGACCCCGCACCCUGCAGCCUGGAUCCCGCAGCCCGGACUCCACACCCCGGACACAGGAUCCCGCACCCUGCAGCCUGGAUCCCGCAGCCCAGACUCCACACCCUGGGCACGGGAUCCCGCACCCUGCAGCCUGGAUUUCGCAGCCCAGACUCCACACUCCGGGCAAAGGAUCCAGCACCCUGCAGUCUGGAUCCCGCAGCCCGGACUCCACAGCCCGGGCACAGGACUCCGCAUCCCGCACCCUGGAUCCCGCACCCUGGACUCCACACCCCGGGCACAGGAUCCCGCACCCUGGAUCCCGCAGCCCGGAUCCUGCAGCCCGGACUCCACAGCUCGGGCACAGGACCCCGCACCCUGCAGCCUGGAUCCCGCAGCCCGGACUCCACACCCUGGGCACAGGAUCCCACACCCUGCAGCCUGGAUCCCGCAGCCUGGACUCCACACCCCGGGCACAGGAUCCCGCACCCUGCAGCCUGGAUCCCGCAGCCCAGGCUCCACACCCUGGGCACAGGAUCCCGCACCCUGCAGCCGGGAUUUCGCAGCCCAGACUCCACAGCCCGGGCAAAGGAUCCUGCACCCUGCAGUCUGGGCCCAGCAGCCCGGACUCCACACUCCGGGCACAGGACUCCGCAUCCCGCACCCUGGAUCCCGCAGCCCGGACUCCACACCCCGGGCACAGGAUCCCACACCCUGCAGCCUGGACCCGGCAGCCCGGACUCCACAGCCCGGGCACAGGAUCCUGCAGCCUGGACCCGGCAGCCCGGACUCCACAGCCCGGGCACAGGACUCCGCAUCCCGCACCCUGGAUCCCGCAGCCCGGACUCCACACCCCGGGCACAGGAUCCCACACCCUGCAGCCUGGACCCGGCAGCCCGGACUCCACAGCCCGGGCACAGGAUCCUGCAGCCUGGACCCGGCAGCCCGGACGCCACAGCCCGGGCACAGGAUCCUGCACCCUGCAGCCUGGACCCGGCAGCCCGGACUCCACAGCCCGGGCACAGGACCCCGCACCCUGCAGCCUGGAUCCCGCAGCACGGACGCAGGACCUCGCAGCUCCCGGUUGCCUUUGCGCCGGCGCCCUCUGGCGGUAGCUGCGGGAGCGGUAGGGCCGGGGGUGUCCCUUCCCCGCUUGCCAGCCGGCCCCGCCCCCGAGGUCAGAAAAGCUCCGUCCGUGGAGCUGUACCCCGAAGGGCGGCUCUGGGACCCACCUGUCCCUGCUGGGAUCUGCGGAGGGGCUCACACAGGAUCACGGAAUGACCUGGGCUGGAAAAGCCCUUUCAGAUCAUCCAGUCCAACCGUUCUCUAA